AUGCCAAUGAAAAGGAAUGGAACGGAAAGCCCGAUCACAGAUGAGUCUUUUCAUCAUUUGCAGCCGCCUUCAAAGAAACUCUGUGUUGAGCACGAGGAGCUUAGCCUCGCAGUACUAAGUGAUGACAAAUUGCAAGGAGAUUACGGAAAUAACUCUCUUUCCAGGUUUGAAGAGGAGGAUGAUUCUGGAAUUAAGUCAGAAGUAGAGGACUGCAAUGAGACCCCAUCCUCGGAAGAGGACCUGGAUCCCUCAGAGUACACAAAAGAGUUGUCUUUCAAAGAGUCGGUCCCAAAGAAAAGCAUCACCCAAAUAAUCAAAGACAAGAAGAAGCAGACGCAACUUACCCUGCAGUGGCUUGAAGAAAACUACAUUGUUUGUGAAGGUGUUUGCUUGCCACGGUGUAUUCUGUAUGCUCAUUACUUAGACUUCUGUAGGAAGGAGAAAUUAGACCCUGCCUGUGCUGCAACGUUUGGAAAGACUAUUCGCCAGAAAUUUCCUCUUCUAACAACCAGGAGGCUUGGGACAAGAGGUCAUUCAAAGUAUCAUUACUAUGGCAUUGGCAUCAAAGAGAGCAGUGCAUACUACCAUUCAGUGUACUCAGGAAAAGGCCUGACAAGAUUUUCUGGGAGUAAACUUAAGAAUGAGGGGGGUUUCACUCGAAAGUAUUCCCUCAGUUCUAAAACUGGAACACUACUUCCAGAAUUUCCAAGUCCACAACACCUAGUGCUACAAGGCUCAGUGUCCAGAGAAAAGUUGGAUACGCUAAUCAUGAUGUACAAAACACACUGUCAGUGCAUCUUGGACAAUGCCAUCAACAGCAACUUUGAAGAGAUCCAGAAUUUUCUGUUGCAUUUCUGGCAAGGAAUGCCAGAUCACCUCCUUCCACUGCUGGAAAACCCGGUCAUUGUGGACAUCUUCUGUGUGUGUGACUCCAUACUGUACAAGGUCCUGACUGAUGUUCUAAUUCCUGCUACAAUGCAAGAGAUGCCGGAAAGUCUCCUGGCAGAUAUUCGCAACUUUGCCAAACACUGGGAACACUGGAUGGUGUCAUCUCUGGAGAAUCUUCCGGAUUCUCUCUCGGAGAAGAAGUUGCCAAUUGCCCGCCGGUUUGUGUCCUCCUUAAAGCGGCAGACCUCUUUUCUGCACCUUGCCCAGAUUGCCAGGCCGGCUCUGUUUGACCAGAACGUGGUCAACUCCAUGGUGUGUGACAUCGACAAGGUGGAUCUCCACAGUAUCGGGUCCCAAGCCCUUCUCACCAUCUCAAACAGUGGAGAGCAAGACUCAGACCUCUACUCUGAAUAUGACUCUAUUGCAGUGUUUCACGAGCUGAAAGACCUCCUGAAGAAGAAUGCGACUGUUGAGUCCUUCAUUGAGUGGCUGGACACUGUGGUGGAGCAGAAGGUCAUCAAGCCCAGCAAACAAAAUGGACGCUCUCUGAAGAAGAGAGCUCAGGACUUCCUUCUCAAGUGGAGUUUCUUCGGGGCACGAGUCAUGCACAACCUCACCUUGAACAACGCCACCAGUUUUGGCUCCUUCCACCUGAUCCGAAUGCUGCUGGAUGAAUAUAUUCUGCUGGCAAUUGAAACGCAGUUCAACAACGACAAAGAACAAGACCUCCAGAAUCUCUUAGAUAAAUAUAUGAGAAACGCUGAUGCUAGCAAGGCAGCCUUCACGGCCUCCCCCAGUUCCUGUUUCCUUGCCAACCGCAAUAAAGCCAGCGCCGUGUCCAGCGACUCAUCCGUGAAGAACGAGGCGUUCUCCGAGCACGCUUACCUGUCUCUGGCGGUUCAGCACGGGCUGGCCGCAAACAUGGCCGUCUACCCGGGGGCCGAGGCGGAGGGGCUCUCCCUGCCAGCUCAAAUGGACUAUUCUCAGGGCAGCGGUCCCCUGAUGACUCCCCCCAUCUCCCCGGCGCUGGUGAACCGGGGCAGCGUGAUUAACCAGGGCCCCAUGGCCGUCAGGCCCCAGAGCUCCUGCGGCACCCUCCAGCCCCACCUCCCCUGCCAGGCCUUCCCCGGAGACGCCGUGUACCAGAACCUCCCCCCCCACACCGGCCCCGGCUACUACCCCGCAGCCCCCGGCUACCAGCCCCUGUUCAGGCCUCAGACGCAGGGCCUGAGCCCGGCCUACCAGGCCCGCGCGGACGCCGGCCGCUACCCGUCUUUCAGCGAGCAGCCGCCGCAGUCGAAGGACUACUAUAGCAGCAGCUGCGCCAUGUCACCCUACGGCCCACGGGCCCUGGCCUUCAGCGGCCCCACCGACCUGGGGGAGGACCCUCAGAGCGCGCCCAUCCUGGACCCCGCCGGCUACGCGUUCAUGGGGAACGGGCUGGGCGGGGCGGCCUGCCAGGGCGGGGCGUACCCGGCACAGAGCGGGUACUAUGGAAACGGUGGUUACCAUGACGCACAGCGGCUGGGCUCCAUGGUCGACCAGCACGUGUCAGUGAUCAGUAGCGUGAGCACGAUUCGCUGCGUCCCCCCCUACAGCGACGUGCACGAUCCCCUCAACAUCCUGGACGACGCCAGCAGGAAGACCACUGGCCCUUUCUACACUCACUCGCCAACGCUAGCCUCCCAUUCGGUAGCGGCCCCGGCUGACCCCUCCUCCGUCUGCGCCCCCUGCAUGUACGAAGCGUCCGCUCCGUUCCACUCCCAGGAUGCCCUGCUCUCGCACCGCGCCCCGUCCGAGGACAUGGUCUCCUCCCUGCCCCCCAUCAACACCGUGUUCAUGGGCUCGACGGGUGGGGGCCCCUGA